GCUCCUUUUCCAUCACCCACCCACACACACUCUCUUCACCAUGGCGCGCCCGCAGAACGUCGGCAUCAAGGGCUUCGAGAUCUACUUCCCCAAGCGUUGCAUCUCGCAGGACUCGCUCGAGGACUUCGAUGGCGCCGCCAAGGGCAAGUACACCAUCGGCUUCGGCCAGAAGUUCAUGGCCAGCUGCGACGACCUCGAGGACGUCAACACGUUUGCGCUGAACGUCACCGCCGGACUGCUGGAGAAGUACAACAUCGACCCGCGCUCCAUCGGCCGUCUGGACGUCGGCACCGAGACGAUCAUCGACAAGAGCAAGUCGGUCAAGACGAUGCUCAUGACGCUCUUUGCGCCGUCGGGCAACACGGACAUUGAGGGCCUCGACUCGAAGAACGCCUGCUACGGCGGCACUGCCGCUCUCUUCAACGCCAUCAACUGGGUCGAGUCGUCGUCGUGGGACGGCAGAGACGCCAUCGUCGUCGCCGGCGACAUUGCCAUCUACGCAGAGGGCAGCGCCCGCCCCGUCGGCGGUGCCGGUGCCAUCGCCAUGCUCAUUGGCCCCGACGCGCCGCUUGUGUUCGAGCCGGUCCACGGCACGCACAUGUCCAACGCAUGGGACUUCUUCAAGCCCAACCUCUCCUCCGAGUACCCCACUGUCGACGGCCCCGAGACGCUGCAGACGUACCUCGGCUCCAUCGACCACGCCUACGACGCCUACCGCCUCAAGGCCGCCAAGGCGGCGGCCAAGAGCAGCGGCAAGGCCAACGGCUCGUCCGACGACGCCGCGCUGCGCGCCACUGUCAAGCUCGACGACUUUGACUACGCCAUCUUCCACAGCCCCUACUCGAAGCUCGUGCAGAAGGGCUUUGGCCGUGUGAUGUACAACGACUUCCUGUCGGACCCGAAGAACCCGGCGUACGAGUCGAUCCCGGCCGAGUUUGCCUCGCUCGACCGCAAGUCGACGAUCACGAACAAGGACGUGGAGAAGGCGUUUGCCGGCCUCUCGAAGAGCGUGCAGGCGCAGAAGCUCGAGCCGACGAUGGACACGGUGCGCCGCGUGGGCAACAUGUACACGGCGUCGCUGUACGGCGGCCUGGCCUCGCUGCUCUCCAACGUCGAGAGCGCGUCGCUGCAGGGCAAGCGCAUCCUCAUGUACUCGUUCGGCAGUGGCUCUGCCGCCUCCUUCUUCGCCAUCAAGGUGGCCGGCGACGUGUCGAACAUCUCCAAGACGCUCGACCUCAAGGCGCGCCUCGACGCCAUGGAGGUUGUGCCGUGCCAGUCGUACGUCGACAGCCUCAAGCUGCGCGAGGCCACGCACAACGCCGUCGAGUACAAGCCCGUGGGCGACAAGAGCAAGCUGUGGCCCGGCAGCUACUACCUGCGCGAGGUCGACAGCAUGUACCGCCGCUUCUACGAGCGCACGCCCAAGGCAUAGACGGGGAUGCCUAGGCGCCCCACUGGACUUCCCUCAUACAGGCCUCGCUCGACAGCCCAUCGGGCUAGAUCCGUCGCUCCACGCUCUCUUGCACCCCAUCUCUCGCUCGUGCCUCGCUCUUCGUCGCUGUGCUCUCCCUCGUCAUCCAUCAUCAUCCUCUCUCUCACCCUAUUUGCUCCGCGCGCCUGCCCGUGCGCGCCGCCUCCCGUGCGCCCCCCACCAGUUCCCUGUGCAGCUGCCUGUCGUCUCGAUACAUCGCGCGUAAACCAAUGCAAGAUUUGCCUCGACC